AUGAUUACCAAUAACCAGCUCGUUGACGCCAUCAACCACGCUUUGCUACCCUGCUCAUUGUGGUGUGUCAUGGGCGGGACAAGAGCUAACUACACUAGAGCGCACCCGCGUUAUCUUGACCGCCUCCAACACUGCGACACAUCGCGUCAUGAAGUUUUGGAGGUAGCAAGUAGCGACUACAUUGGGCCCCUACCGCCGGAGGUCAUGAGCUGCCUCGGUCCCACGGCCGUUCCCGAAGAACCCGCCGAAACGCAGCGAGGACCAUGUGUUGCUGCAAAGGCGGCACAAUCCAAACCCCUACUUUUUGCUCCCGGCACAUGCAUCGAGAGAGGGGGGCCGUGA